AUGAAGGGCAGAGUGGGAAUUUCAGAAGUUCGUCAUGGUUUUCCACCGCGUUUGGCUGCGCUGCGCUACGCUGUGCUUUUUGGGUAUUUUGUUAACCUCAAUCGGCGGUGGACGCCGACCGGGAGCUAUCAUAACGAGAAAGGUGCAACAGUGAGCCAAACAAGGAAGAGUCGAAAAAAGGAUUUGAAGAGUGAGUGUUUCACGGAGAGCCGUGUAAGCAAAGGGCCAUAUUUUAGGCGACACGUGUCGGUAGUGACGUGUGAAGGGCAAAUUGCGGUUCAAAGGAGAGAGAGAGACUUGAAAUGA